GGAACUGAAGCCGCUGAAUCGUGCUGGGUAUGGAACCGUGAAUUAUGUGGUCGGCGGAUUGAGAUAGGGCCAAAAUAAGAAAAAGAAAAGAAAAGAAAAGAUGCAACUCUGGAGCUUUUUACCUCAACGUGGUGCUCUGGGUGUUGACGGGGCAGACCCACUCAGAAAGCAACACUUACUAAACUUACUGACCUUCCUAGCCUAGCCAUAGCUUGUCUCCGUAACCCGUAUCUCGUGCCCACUCGACGCCGCCGGCAACGAACGCUCCUUUUCGACCCAGACACCUCUUCCCAAUCAUACACAGGCCUUGUUCUUUUAUUUUUCCUCGCGACGAACGCAGACACGCGCAAGGGCGCUACAGACGAGGAAACCAUUGACGGCCGCGAGCUCCUCGGGUGUUCGACUGCUUCCGCACAAACGAAACCUCUCAAGCUGUCAUCGAGUUCGCGACAGCUUUUGUCUGCGUCGAACGCGCGCGCUCUACACACCUGCCCACGACAAAACAAACGUGCGCCGCUGCAAACAAAGCCAUCAUGCCUACUGGGGUCAACUCCUUCGCAACCUUCCUCAUCAUCGGCCCGACAUGCUUUUUCCUUGGCAUCCUGUUCAUCUCCCUCCCGUAUGACUACAAUGUGCUGUGGCACAUGCCCGUCGAUCGGACCCCGUACUUCGACCGGCUCGAGGAGCACCUGCGCUUCCUGCAUGCCAGCCCGCCCCUUAUCAGCCGCGUCCUGCACAUAGUAAUCGGCGUUGGCUUCGUCGGCUUCAUCACCAAGCUCUACAAACCGUCCGAGUCCAACAUGCUCUUUGACGGCGCGUCCCUUGUUCUUUACAUGGUCGGCAUCACCAUUUACAUCGCCAACAUCGUCAAGGGUCUGCGGGUGGUCACUGAGGGCAAGUACGAUAUCGACGUUCUCGAGAGCGAGGUUACCGCUGCGCAGGCGGAGCUCUCACAAUUCACCGAUGGUGGACAGGGCGUGGUGGUCAUCGGCAGGGAGGAUAGCCUUCGGGUUUUGGCUGCCAGCAACACCAUCCUUGCUCUAGUGUUGAUAGGCAUCCUGGUCUUACAGGCUGGCCAGUGGUAUGCACAGAAGAAAGAAGAGCUUGAGAUCGCCGAGAUGAAGAAGACGCAAGAGGAGAAGAAGAAGACCGUGGCCAAGAAGAAGCAGUAGGACGCUGGAGAUCCGUAAUGCCCUUGCCUGGCGCACAUGCUUUUUUGUUUCAUUUUUGUUUUUUCAUUUGAAAAGGAGCACAGCAUCAGAUGUUGAUAACAUAAAAAUUUUUUCUUCAACUUAGGUGGGCUUCGACGCAUCCUUGAGGUGUGGGUUUUCGACAUGGCUGGCAUCGUUAAUGUAGCUUAUACCCUAUUCCUAUCAUGAGAGAGAUUUGGGAGUGACAAACGAAGCAACAAAGCUCAAGGUGGCGCGGUUCACCACCCCGAAAGAAGGAAAGAAUGAAUUAAUGCAAAAAAAGAGAUAUAUGGUUUGCCGUUUCUUGUCUUACUUCCUACCCUUUGAAUGCCUAGAGAUUGAGAAACAAUUCAACACGUUUAC